CGCCACCCAGCGGUAAUCUAUGAAACUGCACCCUUUUGAUGACCGAGUGGUCUUCAGCAUGAUAUCAAACUACAACUCUGACAGGUGACUUGAAAAGAGAGUUUGGAAACUGUCAUGGGUCUUUGCCACGCUUCAUCAACAACUGGAGUAUCUGCUGCGAGACUGUCCGGAGAAAGCACGGUAGCGCCUGAGAAGCCCGGAGCCGGCCCGGGGACCCAGGAGGAGGCAGAAGGGAACCCGGCACAGGCGGGGCAGUAUGACUGGCAGCCGGAUGAGGAGGCAGCUGUGUGCCAGCGGUGUCUGCAGACAAAGUUCACGCUGUUAGAAAGAAGGCACCACUGCCGCAGCUGUGGCAGGGUGGUCUGUGGAGACUGCUCCAACCGGAAGGAGGUUGUCCAGCACAAGGCUGUGCGCGUCUGCCACAUCUGCGCCGAGAACCUGCAGAACAUCAGGCUUCCACCGGACAGCCGGGACAGCGACUCGGAGGAAGAGGAGGAAAAAGAGAGUUCUCCAAGUUUGCGGCAGUUUGGUUUGAUCGAUUGACAGUAACUAACUGUGAAACUGUACGUAUGUGUUAGCCGCUCAAAACUACAUCACAGAAACAAAACGCUUCUAGUGACAAAGUGACUGGAUUCUCUGUGAAUUAUGUCUUAUUUUAAACAAGAGCUUCUGGAAAACAGAAUGCAACAUGUAUCCGACUGCCGUCCGGAGGAAGGGACGGGGCGACUAGAGGACAGAGAA